CACUCCUUAAAAACAGCUAAAAAAAACCCUAAACCCUUCUCUCUCUCUCCCUCUCUCUCUCUCUGCAACUGUUCCCGAGCUCCCUCGACUAUACAUCAAUGGCCAUCGCUGCACUGGACGAAGAAAAAGCGAAGAACGUUAUCAGACAGGUCGAGUUCUAUUUCAGCGAUAGCAAUCUCCCUCGCGACAAUUUCCUCCAGAAAUCCAUACAACAGAGCGAUGACGGAUUGGUUAGUUUGGCUUUGAUAUGUUCGUUUGCUCGGAUGAGAAGCCAUCUUGGCUUGGGAACCAUUAAACAGGAAGAAGUGUCAGAUGAGACGGUAUCAUCAGUUGCUGAAACACUGAGAAAGUCUCAGUUCCUCAAAAUAUCUGAAGAUGGGAAGAGGGUUGGCAGGACUACUGAAAUGUUAAAGCCGGAAGAGGUUAUGGAACAAGUAGACAUUAGAACGAUUGCUGCAUCGCCUUUAGAGUACACUUCAAAGCUUGAAGAUGUGGAAUCCUUCUUUAGUCAAUAUGGGAAGGUGAAUAGUGUGAGGCUACCUCGACAUGUUGCCAACAAAAAAUGCUUUUGUGGCACUGCUCUGAUUGAGUUCUCGACAGAGGAAGAUGCCAACAAUGUUUUGAAGCAAAGCUUAGUUUAUGCGGGCACAGAGUUAGAACUAAAACCCAAGGAAGAUUUUGACUCAGAAAGGGAAAAGUUGAUUGAAGAAUUUGAGCAGUCCCCUCAUAUAGAAGGAAACUAUAAAAAAGGUUCCCACGUGAAUGAGAAUUAUCCAAAAGGCUUAAUUGUUGCAUUUAAAUUAAAGCAAAUGUCAAAAGGAGGAUCUAUAGAACACAAUGGUGCUCAUGAUGAGAAAGAAAAUGCAGAUCCUGUUAGAAAGAUAGUAGAGGACCCAGAGUCUACAGAAAAUAUUGCUGAGGGGAGUGACCAAAACACCUCAAAAAAUGUUAAAGAUAGUGAGGAAAAAUCUUUGGAUGGUGUUGACCAAGAGAACAAAGAAAAGUUUGCUCAAAGUCAUGCAGAAGGCAGCAAAGAAAAGGCUGCAGAGCAUGCCAUCCAGGAGAGUGAAAAGAAGGUCGCGGAGGAUGCCAUGCAGGAGAGUGAAGAGAAGGCUGUAGAGGAUGCCAUGGAGAGUGAAGAGAAGGCCGCAGAGGGUGCUACACAGGAGAGUGAAGAGAAGGCUGCGGAGGAUGCCAUCCAGGAGAGUGAAGAGAAGGCUGCAGAGGAUGCCAUCCAGGAGAGUGAAGAGAAGGCUGCAGGGGAUGCCAUCCAGGAGAGUGAAGAGAAGGCUGCAGAGGAUGCCAUCCAGGAGAGUGAAGAGAAGGCUGCAGGGGAUGCCAUCCAGGAGAGUGAAGAAAAGGCUGAAAAUGAUACCCAGGAGUAUGAAGGAAAAGGUACGGUUGCUCAAGAAGUUGUGUCAAGGGAGGAUCUAAAGCUUGUUUUCCAAAGAUAUGGAAGUGUAAAGUAUAUUGACUUCAGAAUGGGAGAAGAAUCUGGAUACAUACGUUUUGAAUACCCAGAGGCUGCUCAAAAAGCUCGUGCUGCAGCAGUGCUUUCUGAGGAAUGUGGCUUGAAAGUGAAGAGUUACAUUGCCUUGUUAGAAGCAGUAACUGGUGAUGCUGAAAGGGACUAUUGGAGCUUACUUCGCAAUAACCAGGAAAAAAACCGGGAAAACAAAGGCCAUAAAGGAAGGGGUAAAAACAACAAAGGGGGAAAACAUUCUGACCGUAAGCAUUCUCGCCCCAAAGAAAGAGACUCCACUGAAGAGCGACCGAAUAAAGUUCAGAAAGUAGCAGCAGCGUAGACUCCGGAGAUGCUUUGAUCGGGACUGUUCUAGCCUGACCACAUGUAGAGUGGUUUAUUCAGGCAAUUUUCUUGAGAAUUAAAUUUAUCUUUUCCUCAUAAGGAUUUCAUGUGUUUUCAUCUAUCAAUCUGUUUUGCCAUCUCUAGAAUAAUUAAUUAAUUAAUUAAUUUUGCUGGGGUUGUUCUUUUUGUCCUAAUUUUCCAAAGUUCACAUAUGAUAUUUAAGCUUGUAACAAUAAUGGAGGUUCACCGACUUGAUGUUUUUGGCUA